GCUAGCUGGCUGAGCUCCCGCGCUACCCCGCCGCCUGGUCUCGCCUGGUCUCGCCUCGGGUCUGCCGAGGUGUGGAGGGGUAUGGAGGGGGUCCCGGUGGUGACCACAGGCAACGCGGCCGCAGGCGAGGCCGAGGGAGGCGUAGCCAUGCCGCCCCCGCCCCCGACCUCCCCUCCCGCCCUCACCCCGGCGCCCUCUGAGAGCGAGGAGGGUCCGCCACCUUUGCCUGAGGCGGGGGCUCCGGGCUGCUCGGGCUCCCGGCCCCCAGAGCUGGAGCCCGAGCGCAGCCUGAGCCGUUUGCGGGGCCGCUUCGAGGACGAGGAUGAGGAGUUGGAAGAGGAUGAGGAGCUGGAGGAAGAAGAGGAAGAGGAGGAAGAAGAGAUGAGCCACUUCUCCCUGAGGCUGGAGGGGGGGCGGCCCGACUCCGAGGACGAGGAGGAGCGCCUGAUUAAUCUUGCAGAGCUGACCCCAUACAUCCUGUGUUCGAUUUGCAAAGGUUACUUAAUAGAUGCUACUACCAUUACAGAAUGUCUUCAUACCUUUUGUAAAAGCUGCAUUGUAAGACAUUUUUACUAUAGCAACAGAUGUCCAAAAUGCAACAUAGUAGUACAUCAGACACAACCUCUUUAUAAUAUCAGGUUGGACCGACAGUUACAAGACAUAGUGUACAAAUUAGUGAUCAAUCUAGAGGAAAGAGAAAAAAAGCAAAUGCAUGAUUUCUAUAAAGAAAGAGGUCUAGAAGUACCUAAACCUGCUGUUCCACAGCCAGUCCCUUCAAGCAAAGGAAGAUCUAAGAAAGUCUUAGAAUCAGUGUUUCGUAUUCCCCCUGAACUUGAUAUGUCUUUAUUACUAGAGUUCAUUGGUGCUAAUGAAGGCACGGGACAUUUUAAGCCAUUGGAAAAGAAGUUUGUCCGAGUUUCAGGAGAAGCAACUAUUGGACAUGUAGAAAAAUUUCUCAGAAGAAAAAUGGGUCUUGAUCCAGCUUGUCAGGUAGACAUCAUCUGUGGUGAUCACUUGUUGGAGCGCUAUCAAACUCUAAGGGAAAUUCGGCGUGCCAUAGGUGACGCAGCAAUGCAGGAUGGUCUGCUGGUCCUUCAUUAUGGUCUUGUGGUUUCUCCUCUGAAAAUCACUUGAGAAUUCGAGAAGCAUUAUAAGGAGACUUGUUCAGGAUUGCAUCUCACCAAAGAUUUCCAUGAAAUGUGUAGUUGCUACCACUUUGUGCUGUACAAGACAUACUUUAUCUACUUUUAGCACUAAGCACCAUAGCAUUUAUAAGUGUAACUUGGAAUGAUGGAAUGCAUCUGUUUUACUAGAGACUAUAUAUAAAAAGCAUCCAUAGCUCAGGGGAAACUUUCAAAGCUGCAAAUUUUUAAAUUUCUUGUGGUUUCAAAAACCUUGACAUUGAUUUUGCUUCCUCAUCUUUGGGGUAAAUUGGUUGCUCUUUUCUUUGUUGGAGCCAUAUCCUAUCCUUCAUUGAGCUGGUUAGGAUUCAGCUCUCUGGAAUACCAUUUGGGUAGUUACCUUCGAGGGGGAAAAUAUACUUUGGAACUGAAGAAGCAAAUCUAGUCUUCAGUAAACUACAGGAUUAUCAACCACUUUUAUAUGUUGACAUCAUAUUUUGAACUUGAAUCUUUUUUUAUACAGUGUCACUACUACAGAGAUGUUACUUACUUGUAAAAAGGAUGAAUUAUUAUGUCUCAUUUUGGUUUUAUGGUCCAUCUGAUAAGCCUUUAGUGUAAGAAAGACUUUAACAUAUCUUACAAGGGGUGCUUCUUUGCAACAUUAUCUUUGAAUGUUUGAUUGACAGUCAUUAGAGCAUACAGUGUGAUUGUCAAUAUCUUAAAAUGGCACUAAUUUUGAAGGUAAUAGAACAUUUUGAGGAAUUUACAGAAUAUGUAUUCAUCGUUUCCUCAGUAAGCGAGCUUAAUGUUCAUUUUCCCUUUACUUUGUCUUUGGGAUAAAGAAUUAUGGGUGUUUGAGAACUCACUUGCAUGCAAAGAUUUCAAUUUUAAACAUUUUGCCUAGCGUUGGCAUUGUAAUGCUUUCUAAAAGAUAUAUUUUGUAGACCUACUUUUACUCCCAAAUUUCCAAAUCUGCAUAGACGUAAUUACAAUUGGAUAAGA